AUGCCGAAGCACACCUUCAUCGAUACCAUCCUUAAGAGGCCAUCGCAGAGCUAUGCGGAACCCCCGCCUUCCUCUUCGGCAAAGUCCGGCUCGAACCGAGCAGGAUGGAGCGCCCCGCCGGACCUUCCGAAUGCUCCGGGUAGACCGCAGUCGAUUCUCUCCGGGUCCAUGUUUAAGAGCGGCGGGGCCGGCGGCAAGGGCGGCCUCGGUCAGACGGGCGGAGGGGCCAGCAACGCGCCCUCGGUCUCUGGCAUGAGCACCACCAGCCGCUUCAGCCGCUUCCGCAAAAAGGACCGCAGGCCGUCAAUCUCCAACGGCAGCGUCUUCAACGACGGCGCCAGCAGCAUCGCGCCCUAUGCCGAGAGCAACGCCACCUACUCGCCAAAGAAGGGCCGGUGGUGGGAGGCAGGCAGCCUCAAGCUGGGCAGAUCGGCGUCGAGAGCUCCCAGCGUGGCUGGCAGCGUCUUUUCCGAGCCUGAAGCCCCUCCGGCCAUGCCCAGCUUCGCCGGCAUCGGCUCCUCGGUCGCUCCGCCGCGGGGUACGCGCAGCGACUACGGCGAUGCCUACACGCGAUCGCGGUUCAAUUCUGCACGGUCGGCGCCGCCGCCGCUGCCGUCGUUGCCAUCCGGCGUCUCGGUCAGCAACAUGCGCACACCGUCGGGCGUCGCUCCGCUGGGCCAGCAGCCGCCUUCGCUCAUACGGCAGGGGUCCCGUAGCUCCCUCGGUCGAGGCAGCGCCGCACCCGUCGACCCGGCCGCACGCCCGACCAGCCCGGUGGGCUCGAUCGGAAGGAUCGGACGGACCAAGAGCACCACCGGCUCCCAGGACUGGAAGAGCUUCGUGGACAGCAUGGCCGGCACCGAGGUGGCAAAGACGUGGGACUCGAUGCCGAAGCUGGCGCCCGCAUCGCCCGCCGGCACCACCGCCAAGUCGCAAGCCCGCGUCGAGAAGCGCAAGAGCGUCGUGGCGAGGGUGCAAAAGGAGCUCAACCAGGACGCUCAGUACGAGCAGCUCCAGCGCGACCCGGGCGUGGGCCGGCAAGACCUCCUGGCCAGGGCGGCCUCGCAGGUCAUUGGCGAGCCGCCGCCGCUGCCGCCAAACAUGCCUACCAAUCUGCAGCCCGGCGAGCUCGUCAGCCCCGCGCUCAGCCACCGACUCAGCAGCGAGUUCGCCUCGCCUCCUCGAUCGCCCGUCGUAGCGACCGCGGCCUCGCCUCCGCUGGGCUACGUGGCUGCAGCUCCGAUCCCCCUGGCCGUUCCCGCCGUCCGGGCGGUGCCUGCACCCAUCGAAGACUACACGGCGGCACCUUUCCCUGCGGCCGCGCCAUCCUCGACGCAGGCGCAGACGGCGUUCGCGCCUCCAGUCCCCGGUGCGAGCAACGGGUUAGAGGCGGAGUCAGAAUCCGAGCCGGAGACGGAAGAGAGCUCUUCGGACGAGGACGAGAUCCUGGCGAACCAAACCCUCGACGUUGUGGCCGAGGAGGACGAAGAGACAUCCAGCAACGGGCACAACCGCAACCACGAGAUGAAGAACCUCCAGUCGGUUCGGGGCAAGUCGACGACGCGGCGCUACACCGAGUACGAUGCGGUGCUGCGGCACCACCGAUCCGGUAGCAACAUGACCCAAGAGGUCGAGUUGCCCUCCACCGACAUCACGCCCAGCAUCGCCAUCUCGAGGGCGCGAUCGCCCUCUCCAGACGCCAGCUCCGCCGCCAGCGAGAGCCAGGCCGAGUCUCCGCUUUUCAAGCAGCCCGGCCCGGAGCCAGAGCUGACGCUUUCGUCGUUGCCCCCGGCCGCAGCCGCAAUUAUCAAGGACGACAAGGACGACAAGACCGCCAAGGUCGAGCAGCUCAGGGUCGAGAGCGACAGUGAGAGUGAUGCCGAGGAGGAUGCGCCUCUGCCUCCCGCCAAGGAUGGCGGCAUCGCGAUGCCGCAGACCACCGAGAAGCCGUCAGAAAGGGUCAGGGACGAGAAUGAGCCGUCGGAUGCGGAUCUCGCAACCAACUCGCUCGGAUUGGUGGCCGCUCGACCCCCUAUGGUCACACGCCAGUCGUCGGCGUCCGACUACCGAUCGGCAAAGAGCGGUCGCAGCACCCCCACCGCCAAGGGUGUCACCUUCGAUGGGAGCGACGAGGAUGACGAGCCAAACGAAGCCACCGAAGUUGGCGCGGAUGAUGGCGCUGCGGCCGACAUCUCAAAUAAGGAUGGCGAGGACGAUGCGGGUAGCGACUCGGCUUCGUCCGCGGCGAGGUCAAUGUCGUCGCAGCGGCCACUCAGCGUGCGUUCCUCGCGGUCGUCCAGGCCCGGGACGCUAUCCAGGCGCCUCAGCGACAUCAGUCUCGGCACGACCUUUGCGCUGAGCGGCAUCGUCGGCGGACGCAGCAGGCCGUCGUCCCGGAGGAUCAAGAUGGGCGACGACGACUCGGACUCUCCCGCCGACCUGUCCGACGACGACGGCGACCUCAAAGCGCGCGCCAUGGCCGAGCAGGAACGCCUCAGAACGAUGAAGGUUGGCGACGACUUCUUUGGCCCUUCGUUGACCGGCCUCCUUGACCGUUUCGAUCGGAUGAACUGGUCCGACACCACCGUCAACCGGCUAGGUUCCGACGGCAGGGCGGCCUCGAUCCGCCGGUCUGAUAACGCAUCGAUUCGCAGCAAAAAGAUUGCAGAAGCUCAGGACACGAUCAACGAGGUGCGCCAGCGCCGCGCUGAGACCGGCCAGGAAGAGGAUGGCAAGACUCGCGCCAGCUCAGCUGGUGGCCUGGCGCCGAGCUUUGCCGCCGUCUGGCUGCUAAAUCAAACCGACGAAGUGGACCCGGAUGCUGCCGCCUCGAAGGCCAAGGUCGACGAUCCGCCCGCUGCGGGCGGCUCUUCGAUGCCCGCUUCGACUUCCCUCCACGCGAUCCCAAAGUAUCCCGAAUCGUCGGCCAGCAAGUACGCGAGCCUCUUUGCUGCCUCUGACCCGCCCAAGCCCGAGGUCUCGGUGCUCAACAGGCCCCGGCAGAAGCGGCCUGCUCGGCCCGACGAGAUGGGCGGGCUGAAGAUCUCGGAGGGCAAGCUCUAUCCCGAGGCUCCAGCGCCGCCGCCCGAGGACACCAGGAGCACGCUGCCCGCCUCGCUGUCCUCGUCUUCGAGCAUCUACAGCAGUGCGACCACCAGGCCGCCGCAGGCGGAGCAGACCAAGCCGUCUGUUGUCGUCGCGGGCGGCGUGGCGAGCAAGGACAAGCCUCCACCGGCAAAGUCCGCAAUGAAGAACCUGCGCCACUCAAAGUCGCUCGCCGACACCCUCUUUUCGCUGCCGCUCCGUUCGCCCGAGGCCAAGGCGGAAAAGGCAGAACGCAAGAGGGAAAAGGAGCGCGAAAAGUCGCGCCGGGCGUCGAUCAGCAGCGAACGCAGCACGACGUUCUCGCUCGGCGGCAAGUCAAAGAGCAAGCGGGACAGCAAGGACAAGAGCCGCAAGUCUGUAGACUCGCAGCCCCGAUCGUCGAUGGCCAGCGAGCGAUCGCACGACACUGCGUCCGAUAUGCGAAGCAACGCUUCUGUUGACAUGUCGGCUGCGGGCCCAGGGGUGCCGGCCGAGGUCAGCAGCCCGGAAGGCGUUUCGUCCGGCGUCGCGGACGCCGAGGUUGCGGUCCUGUCCGAAAAGGCGCUCGGUAAGCGGCCGCAGCGCGACACCGACGUCGAACCCGCUGCUCCUCGGGCCGACGGCACCGAAGUCAAGAAGUCGGUGCCCGACGCCGGCGUGCGUGCUUCCGAGUCGGUGGCCAACUUUGAGACGCCGGACCAGAGCAUGGCCGAUAUCAGCCAGGCGUCGACCGCCGUGUCGCCUCCGCAAAAGUUCCACACGGCCAAGGACCUGGCCGCCAUGGCGAGGGUCGACUCCCCUGAACCUGAGCUUCCUUCUCCGUCGGAUGCGCAAAGGAGGCUUUCCAUGCAGAUGAAGGCGAUGGAUGGUUUCUCGUCCUUCUCCCUGUCGGGCUUCAGCGUGCAGCCGGACGAGUUCAAAAAGGACUCCCAGAUUGAUGCGGCCGUCGAAACCGGAGGGGAUAUUGUCGGCAAGAAGGUCGCGCCUGGCGCGGGUGAGGCCGAUGACGCCGGACUUGCGCCUGCGAGCGAGGUGCCGCACAUCGAGGUUGACGAAUCUGUCGCCUCGGACAGCCAGGACGACGUCGGAGCUGUGGCCGUGUCUUCCUCCGAGGUCAGCACGCCCAGCACCGCUCAGACCACGCCGGCCGGCUCGGAGCUGAUAACCAAGCACGAUCGCGACGGUAGUCGGGGCGAGGACGGAGGCCUCAGCGGUCUGGACAGGCACCUGCCGAUGCCGCCCCGACCCACGCCCGCCGACGUCGUCCAUCUGGCCAACGACGACAAGACGCCCACGGGCAACCCGCCCAGGCUCGGCAUCAACCUCAUCCCACCCACGCCACCGGCCGCCGAUAACAGAAUGUCGUUUGUGGGCGCACAGGCCCCGACCACGCCGACAAUCCUGGAGGACGACCCGAUGGAGGCUCAGCCGCGCAGGCCAGCUCUCAUCUCCCGCUCCUCGAGCCAGAAGGCCGCCUCGCGCGCCUCUGCCGAGGGCGGCAAGUCUGGACAGGGCGCGGCCGACUCGCUGACCCGAUCCAAGUCCGUCGCGACCAAGAAGAAGCAGCAGUGGCAGGAGUACCACGGCAAAGGCCUCAGCUUGCCGCCGGGCCUCAUUGCCACCAAGGUCGCCUCGUCGGCAGACCGCAAGGGUAACCAUGCUCUGCCUCCCCUCGACAUCCCCAUGGCCGGAUCGUCUCGCAGCGAGUCGCCGAGGAAGCCGAGCAAGAAGCGAGCAUCGGCUUUGCAGACGAUGCCCGCCGCCAGCGCGACCCGCGACGUUCUCCCGGCGAUCCCCGAACCUGAGCCGGUGAUGAUGGCGGCCGUUCCUGCGGCGCCUGUGGCCGCGACGCCAAGUUCCAAGUCGCAUUCGAGGAAGCAUGGCAAGUCCUCCGCAGUUCCUGGGGCGAUCUCCCCGUCCUCGUCGAUGACCAAGAUCAUGGCCGACGCGCCCCCGGUCCCGCGGAUCCCCGAGGCGUUCCAUUCCUCGUCGCCCGUCAGCAGCUCUGCCUCGAGGUUCACACCCAGCUCCGAGGCCAUGAGCCGCGAGGCAUCGUCUUCGGGCGCGUCCGAGGCCGGUUCGAACUCGCCAGCGCCCAGCCACGUGCCCAGCCAAUCUGCGCGUUCCAACGCCUCGUGGGUGUCUUCGAGCGUCCACUCGGCUUCCGUCCGCAGCAGCCCACGGCCCGAGUACUCGUACGUCAACCACGAGCUGUCGCCGUACGCUCGCAAGAUGCGCGCCCUCUCGCCGGGACCCUCGCCUGCGCCGACGCCCAUGGUGUCGGAGGUGCGGAGGAACUCGCUGAUGAGCGCCAUCAACGAGUGGGAGAGCCAGGUUCCCGAGGAUGCCGAAGCGCGCUCGCUGUCGCCGAUGCCUUCGGUCACGCAUCUCCCGUCGAGGUUCCCUCCGCUCCCCGCAUCGACCGUCUCGCGGCCCAAUUCGGUCAUCAGCGCCGCCUCAUCGCCUGCCGUCGUCCGCACCGCGCCCCUCGGUGCGCCCACCAACACGUACCUGCAGCCGCCCGUGGCCCGGGCACGAAUGUCGCCGGAUGACCCGGCCCGCGUGGCCAGCCCGGAGGCGUCGACGACGGCUCCGUUCGCCAGCGGCGUCAACGGCUCGGUGGCUUCGUUCAACUCGAGCCCCUCGGCCUCGCAGUCGGUCGCCAGCCUGCCGAGCACGAUGCAGACGGUGCCGACCAGCUACCGGCCGAACAAGGACGCCGGGCGAUUCAGCGGCACCGCCGACGAGCUGCUCAACACGCGUACGACGAUGCAGACGAUCGCGGUGUCGAGCGGCGCGUUCCUGAACCGGAGCAAGUCGGUCGCGCGGCGCAAGCAGCAGGGCGGCGAGGCGGGGUCCGACAAGCGCACCUCGCUCGACGUGCCGGAGCACCUGCAGGACGAGCUGAGCCAGACGACGCUCUCGCUGACGGCGCACACGCCGCCGCCGCGCAAGGUGUCGUCGACGCAGGUGCUGGUGCAGGUGAUUGCGGUGGCCAUCGACGAAAUGGACCGGCUGCUGCUGCGCGAGCGGGUGCGGAGCGAGCACGCGUUUGGCUUUGUGCCCGGGCGCAGCUUCUGCGGGCGCGUCGUCGAGUGCGGCUACGAGGUCAAGAAGAUGCGCAAGGGCGACAUCGUCUUUGGGCUGCAGGACAGCCGCAAGUCGGGGGCGCUGGCCGAGUUCAUGACGAUCGACGCCAACCUCGUCUGCCACGCGCCCAAGGACUGCCUGACGACGGAGCAGAUUGCCGCGCUGCCCUCGGCGGGCGUGACGGCCUUCCAGAUCCUGCACAACCACUGCGCCCAGCUGCCGCGCGGCGCGCGCGUCCUCAUCCUCAACGCCCACGACGCCAUCGGCCUGCUGACGAUGCAGGAGGCCGUCGGGCUGGGCCUCAUCAUCGUCGCCCAGUGCCCGCCCUCGGUGUCGGACGGCGUCGCCGUGUGCCAGGCCAACGGCGCCCACGAGGUCGUCGUCGGCGAGCCGCUGUGGGCCAUCAACUCGCUCCACGAGUCGAGCUUCGACCUGGUCGUCGACACCAUCGGCGGCCGGCGCAUCUACGACGCCUCGCGCCGCAUCCUGGCCUUCGAGGGCCAGUUCACCACGUGCUUCGGCGACGAGCACACGACGGCCAACCCCAACCUCAAGUCGCACCUGCGCAGCCUGCGCCGCGCCUUCUUCAAAAAGGACAAGAAAAACCUGGGCUACGAGUGGGUCGGGGCCGACUCGGGCGAAGACUGCCGCCAGGCCCUCGAGGCCGUCAAGCUCGCCGCCGAAAAGGGCGACAUCUGCCCGCGCCUCCGCAGCGUGCUGCCGUUUGGCGAUGCGCCGCGCGCCUUUGACCCUAACCCGUCGCGCAGCCUCGACGACGAGCCGGGCGCCAUUGUCGUGCGCGUGUCGUAG